AUGCUGGAUGCCGGUAUCCAGGACGGGAGCGUCGUCUUGUCGGAGGAGAAUAAGCUCAGGGAUGGUGCGGGGGCGUGUUGUCGCGGCGAACCGGAAGUUAUGUUUCGUGAGGGGUGGGCGGUUGAAGAGGCGUUGUGGUUUUAUAGAGUGGAUUUUGAGCAUAGAUGGGAGGUGGGGGAUCGGGAUGGUGAGAGAGUACUGUUGAGGGCAAGCGUGGGGAUGUUGGAGAGAGCGGCGGAGUGGGAGGAGGAGGGUGAAGGGAUAGUCGCUGUCCCUGCAUUCGGGACCCUUUAUCCGCCCAAGUUGCCCCUCCGAUGA